AUGUCCCCCAUCAAGGAUACCUACGAUUCCCAAGGUUUUGUUGUUGUUCCAGGGCUUGUUUCUCUUCACGAUUUCUCGAAGCUACAAGAGGCCUCCGAUCUUGUUAUUAAUCGUGCUCGUGAGGGUUCUUGGCCUUAUCGUAGAACGGUUGGAAAGCAAUUUCCUCCAUUUGAUAACGAUAAUCCUGAUUCAUGGGGCGUUCAACAUGUUAUGCAUCCUGACCUACAAGGAUCCGCCAUCGUAUUCUCCAACUGGUAUACUUCUGAUGAUCUAACGAGGGUAUGCGCUGAUCUUUUGCAUUGUGGAGAAGAAGAUUUGCAGUUAGAGCUUUUCAACCUUUUGAUUAACCCUUUGGAACACAGCUUUGCCCUUCGAUGGCAUCGAGAUGAUGUGAAGGAGAAUGCUCUUCCGGAAGAAGAGCAAGCCGCGCUUGAUAAAUGGCAUACAGGGAUACAAUGGAAUACAGCUCUUUACGAAGAUUCGUGUCUAUAUGUCGUACCUGGAUCUCACAAAAUUGCACGAACACCUGAGCAGCGAGUCCAUUCGUGUACUAUAGAUCCACCGAGCGAUCCUCUGGAUAUGCCCGGUGCAGUUUUACUGACUUUGAAACCGGGGGAAACCGUUUUUUACAACAGCAACAUCCUCCAUUGUGCAGCAUACGACCAUACAGUCAAACGAGCUACUCUUCAUGCAUGUACAGCAGACGCGCGUUAUGGGACUGCUCGAGGACGCAAUAUACUCCAGCAUGGGCUGUCGUGGGUGAACGACAAACGAUUUAAAGAUCAGUUGACACCCAGAGGCAAAAGGAUGCUUGGCAGAUUGCUUGAAUUACAGAAAAGCAUGCCUACGAACGAAAUUAGUUACUCACUUGAAGGAUGA